GCCGGCCUUCCUGUCGGGAUUUAUGGAGAUUUUGUUGCACGAUUUUGGUGCAUCUGCCCGUUGCCAUGAAAGACACUAUAUAGGAUGCAUUCAACUAACUUAGUUAUGGAAGGUUUUAAAGGCGAAAAUAAUGUGGAGUCGAAAAGGGAAGCGGGGCACAGUCCGAGGAAGGUGGUAGGGGAUUCGGUUGGAAUGAGGAAGGGUGUAAUUUUUAAGUGAAAUUUGCAUAAAACGAAACCCAUUCAGGCGACUCCAACUUCGCCCAUUUAUUGGUAACCUCUGGGGCGGUGUCUAGCACCUCCCCCCAAGCGAAGCAUGCCGGGAGUUGUAGUUGCGAGUACGGUUGCUAUGGCGGUCUCUACAGCCUCCAGGAGUCCGGCCCCGCCCUGAGGGAGUGACAAGCGGCCUGGCCAAUGGGAGCACCGGCUGGGCCCAAGGGGCGGGCUGUCUGCAAAAGGACUUGAGGUAGCGGUGGCGAAGGCUCAGGCUGUUGGGGCCGCUCGGAAGCAGGUGACUAUGAAAGGCUUAUAUUUUCAACAGAGUUCCACAAAUGAAGAGAUAACAUUUGUAUUUCAAGAAAGGGAAAAUCUUCCUGUCACAGAGGAUAACUUUGUAAAACUUCAAGUUAAAGCAUGUGCUCUGAGCCAGAUAAAUAUGAAGCUUCUGGCGGAAAUGAAGAUGGAGAAGGAUUUCUUUCCUGUUGGGAGAGAAAUUGCUGGAAUUGUGUUAGAUGUUGGAAGCAAGGUAUCAUUCUUUCAACCAGAUGAUGAAGUAGUUGGAAUUUUGCCCCUGGAUUCUGAAGACCCUGGACUUUGUGAAGUUGUUAGAAUACAUGAACAUUAUUUGGUUCAUAAACCAGAAAAGGUUACUUGGACAGAAGCAGCUGGAACCAUUCGGGAUGGAGUACGAGCCUAUACAGCUCUCCAUUAUCUUUCUCAUCUCUCUCCUGGAAAAUCGGUACUGAUAAUGGAUGGGGCAAGUGCAUUUGGUACAAUAGCUAUUCAAUUAGCACACCAUAGAGGAGCCAAAGUGAUUUCAACUGCAUGCAGCCUUGAAGAUAAGCAAUACCUUGAAAGACUUAGGCCUUCCGUAGCCCGAGUGAUUGAUAUAUCUAAUGGGAAAGUCCAUGUUGCUGAAAGCUGUUUGGAAGAAACAGGUGGCCUAGGAGUAGAUAUUGUCCUAGAUGCUGGAGUGAGAUUAUAUAGCAAAGAUGAUGAACCAGCUGUAAAAUUACAACUACUACCACAUAAACAUGAUAUCAUCACACUUCUUGGUGUUGGAGGCCAUUGGGUAACAACAGAAGAAAAUCUUCAGUUGGAUCCUCCAGAUAGCCAUUGGCUUUUCCUCAAGGGAGCAACAGUGGCUUUCCUUAAUGACGAAAUUUGGAAUUUGUCAAAUGUACAACAGGGAAAAUAUCUUUGUAUCUUAAAAGAUGUGAUGGAGAAGUUAUCAACUGGUGUUUUUAGACCUCAGUUGGAUGAACCCAUUCUACUAUAUGAGGCAAAAGUUUCCAUGGAAGUUGUUCAGAAAAAUCAAGGAAGAAAAAAGCAAGUUGUUCAAUUUUAAUUUUCAUCUUUCUCAGACCUCAGUUGGAUGAACCCAUCCCAGUAUUUGAAGCCAGAGUUUUCCCUGGAAAUUGCUGAGAAAAACCAAGGAAGAUACAAGCAAGUUGUUCUGUUUUUAAGCAUGUUUUCCUGCUGUCUAAAAGAAGAUGCCCAGUUAUUUGACGUAUUUGAAAAGAAUCACUGUGUAAACUAUCAAGAUAAUUUUAUAAUUAACAUCUAAAGGGAAUAUUCUUUUUAUUAUUUAUAUACAUUUUGCCUCUGCUAUAAAAUUCUUUCCAUGAAGAAAACUACCGCAUCCAGCAAAAGCCAUACUAGUUUACUGAUAAAGCUCUUUAUAGGCCUUUGCUAUACUGUCAAAAUAACGUUAUUAAUUUUGUAUCAUUCCCAUUCUCAACACCUUCCUUCUUUAGCAAGGCUUUGCUGUCAUAAUGUAAGCAUUUGAGAAUAUUUUCAAGUCUCAGAGGACCUAGCCCAUAGCCACUUAAA